AUGAUGUAUCCACGCUUUUUUUCUGCGUUCGUUGCUGCCAGUUCCGUCCUUCAGAUUGCUGUGGCGACGACUGUACCCAUCGUCUCGUGUAGUGUCAGUCAGCCACAGCUGCUCACAAACCCCAGCUUCGAGGGAGGUAGCUUGGACGGCUGGAGAGUGACUUCCAACAACGCCAAUCCCACUGUUGUCGAUUCGAAGUCAUCUAGUUCACCCUUUUCGACCGCCGCAGACGGAAAGUAUUACCUCGAGACAUACAACUCUGCCUAUCGCGGUGGAGAUGCGCUCUUCCUGUCUCAGACGGUGGAUGGGCUCAAUACCAGCAUGACGUACACCAUCACCUACUCUAUCGCGGGGCUACCACAUGGUGCCACCGGCCAGUCUUGUUAUGUGUACGUGUUUAAGGAUAGCCAAACCAACGAUAACCUGCUGGUCCAGAAUAUAAUUCCUAUGGGAGCGAACGGGCUGCCGUGGACGCAAUAUUCGAUCGACUUUACACCCACAGGCAGUAGCCACCUCAUUUUGUUCUUGUCGGAGUGUUAUCAGACGCAAUAUCUUGUUGGCUUUGAUAGCUUUCAGUUCCUGGAGCCUGCGACGACCGCCUGCUCAACUUCAUAUUCCACGGUAGCUGCUACAGCUUCUUCAUCGCAGGCUGUUAUUCUCGCUUCGUCGACUCCAUCCGGCCUGUCAUCCACUUCAGCUAUUCGCACACCAACUCCAAGUCCAGCCUCGUUCUCGAAUUCCGUCUCAUCGAGUGCUGCUGUCUCAUCAAGUGCUGCCGUCACAUCAGGGGCUAGCUCCACCAGCCCUAUAGCCUCACCAUCCGUAACCCCAAGACCCAGCAGCUCAGCGGUUAGUUCGCAGGCCGCCUCCACCACGACUGAUGUUCCUGAGCCUGAUGAGGACGAUGAUGACGGAUGCCCUGCCUGGUAA